CUGGAAGUGCGUGUUCAGUGGGUCAGAUGUAGCACCACAUAUUUCCUCCCUCCUCACCUGUGCGAGCUGAAGCAGCUUGUCGCCAUGGAAGGCAUGGGGUUCUUCUUCAAAGAAUCUGUAGCAGGGCUCGUGCCGCGCUUGGACGGAGGGAUUGUGUUGAGAUAUGCGGUUGCUCGCGCGGAGCUGACCGACGGCAGCACGAUUGGAACCGUUGAUGCAGAGGAUGGCUUGACUUCCUAUCAGUAGGUGUUAGGGGCUGGAUGUCGCGUUGGCUAUGGUGUGGGCGAGGAAACUGCUGAAAGGUUGAUCAGUGAAAGAGAUGCCGGCUCGAGUGGCCUUGGCGGCGAGGGGGUUGGUGAUUCCUGUGAUAUAGGCGACGCAAGGACUUCGUGUGACGCGGUGGGACAUGAUGCAGAUGAAGAGGGCGUUGGAGUGUGCAAUACGAAUGGAUCUUGUUGGACGAGAAGAUAGGAAACUCAAGGAUGCCAAAGGAGCAUUCGAUGCGAGCGUUGAUAGUGGAAUAACCUUCUUCGACACCGCGGAAGUAUAUGGUGCAGGGGUAUCGGGAGCGAUAAAUUCAGAAAGCCUACUGGGAAGAUUUAUUAAGGAAAGGCAAGAAAAAGAAAAGGUUGAUGUGGCCAUUGCAACAAAGUUUGCGGCUCUUCCAUGGAGAUUUGGCCGGGGAAGUGUUAUUUCUGCACUGAAGGGCUCACUUUCCCGCCUUGGUGUCUCCUCGGUUGAGUCAUACCAACUCCAUUGGCCAGGGAUAUGGGGCAACGAAGGUUACCUUGACGGCCUUGCUGAUGCUUAUGAGCAAGGUCUUGUAAAAUCCGUUGGAGUCUCAAAUUACAGCGAGAAACGUCUGCGAGAUGCUCAUGACCGCCUCAAGAAGAGAGGAGUUCCACUUGCUUCAAACCAAGUAAAUUACAGUCUGAUUUACAGGAACCCUGAGGAAAAUGGGGUGAAGGCUGCUUGUGAUGAGCUUGGUAUUACUUUGAUUGCAUAUUCACCAAUAGCCCAAGGUGCUUUGACAGGAAAAUACACUCCAGCUAAUCCCCCUACUGGACCUCGUGGACGGAUAUACACUUCUGAUUUCCUGUCCAAGCUCCAACCGCUUAUUAACAAGAUUAGGGAGAUUGGAGGAAGCUAUGACAAAACCCCAACUCAGGUGGUUCUGAACUGGCUUAUUUGCCAGGGCAACGUGGUGCCGAUCCCGGGGGCAAAGAACGCGGAGCAGGCCCGGGAGUUCGCCGGUGCGCUAGGGUGGCUCUUGACGGAGCAGGAGGUGGAGGAACUGCGGUCCAUGGCGCGCGAGGUGAAGCCCGUCAUGGGUUUCCCAGUAGAGAAGUUGUAAAUCUGCGGCCAAGUUGCCCUAGUGGUUUACUAGUACACAAGAUUUCCGUGAUCCUAGACAUAGGAGUUGUAGUUCUGCGAAAUGAGGUGGAGUUGUAAAAAGAACAAAGACGUAGAAAUCAUAACGGAAGUAAGUGUAUAUUCAGGCUCAUCGGUCAAAUUACAUCAAAACGAUAGUUGUUUUGUUC